AGCUAGCUUGUACAGUGGUCUGGAGAAAUAUAGGGUCUGUUUAAUUGGCUCGACUGUCUGUCCUCCAUCCCAUCGAUCUUCACCACCGGCAUCAUGUGCUAAAACAUUAAUGUGAAGAAUUGAACUUAAAAUAAAAAUAAAUAAAUAAUUAAGCUUUGCUCGCAUGGGAACAAUUAAUAAUCUUGGCAUGCAAUGCAAGAGGGAGAAAGCUGCAUGCAUGCCUGAUCUGUGUUUAAUUUAGACAACUGAUCGAUCAUGAUGAUGAUGUGGAUGUUUAGUUAGUUAGCCAUGAUAUAUCUGAGGAUGUUUUUCGUGAGUUUAUAGUUUGAUACAAAUUAAUUAAGCUGUCUCUUACAACGUACGCUGGCCUACCCCAAGAAUUGAAUUAAGCCAACCCUCAAUUCUUCCGUUAAUGCACUAAUUAUAUAUACAUAUACUGUCAUGUCUGUAAACCCUCCGAGUCCCACGCUAAAACUAGCGGAAGAUAUUUCAGCUGACUCAGUCUCCUCACGUCUCUCCGUCUCUGUCUCUUUUAUUUCUUGUAACCAUUUCACCUCUUUCUAGGGUUUUCCUCAAACUCUCUCCUCCUCCUGCCCUGCUCCUUCUCUUCUUCUUGCGGCGUCUUUACGCCCGACGCCGCAACUCCCUUUCUACGCAAAAAUCCUCACAAAACUUAUAAGCAAGCAAUGAGAACAAAAUCAUCAGGAAUGAGAUUUGCAUGGCAACAUGCAUGGCCCUUUUCCGUGACAUGUUUCAUGCUAUUUGUGUUGUUUUAUAGAGUUGAAGUUUGUCAUGGACAAGACGACUACGGUGACCCAGUGCCAGCGGCUCCGCCUCCCGAGCAGGACAACUGCAAUGGGAUCUUCCUUUCGUACACCUUCAUUUCGCGCAAGAAGGAAUUCCCGCACUUGAAAAACGCGAGCGCUCAGGCGUGGGCGUUUAAGUCCAUAGCCACUAUAUUGAAUGCCGGGGAGGAGGAGCUCCAGGCGUGGAAGAUGUUCAUAGGAUUUCAGCACAAGGAGAUACUGGUGUCUGCUAGCGGGGCCGUUCUGGUAGACUCGAGUGAUUUCCCGGCGGCGGUCGGGAAUGGGACGUACCUGGCUGGAUAUCCCAUGGCAGACUUGAAGACCUCGAUCGAAACGGCCGGGGAUCUUGAUCAGAUUCAGGUGAAGGUCGAUAUCAUCGGAACGCAAUUUGGGGUGAAACCGCCGGGAGUGCCGAUGCCAAAGACAAUUAAACUCGAAAAUGAUGGGUAUAAAUGUCCUGCACCGCGUCGUCGUGGGCCUAGCUCGAUGCUAGUAUGCUGUACAAAGGAUCCAAAAUACAAGGCCAAAAAACUAAAAAAGACGAAAUUCUUGCCUCGUCAGGAUGGUGAUCUCUCCUUGACAUACGACGUGCUCCAAGCCUAUCCAAGCAACUAUCUAGCCCAAGUGACCAUCGAUAACAAUCACCCCUUAGGCCGUCUUGAUCACUGGAACUUGACCUGGGAGUGGAUGCGAGGAGAGUUCAUUUCCACUAUGAGAGGAGCCUACACUCACAAAAAGGACGGUACCGGCUGCAUCUAUGGCCCUGCCGGCGUUUACUAUUCAGAUCUCGACUUCUCUCAAGUCAUGAACUGUGAUAAAAAGCCCGUCAUGACUGAUCUCCCUCCCUAUCUUGCAAAUGAUACCAAAGUUGGGAAGUUACCUUAUUGCUGCAGAAAUGGCACCAUCUUGCCAAAAGUAAUGGAUGAGAACAAAGCAAGGUCUAUUUUCCAAUUAGAAGUUUAUAAGCUUCCUCCCGACUUGAACCGGACUGCUCUCUAUCCACCCCAGAAAUGGAGUAUCGUCGGAGUUGUUAAUCCUCACUAUAAGUGUGGCCCUCCAAUUAGGGUCGACCCAACAGAGUUUCCAGACCCAAGUGGCAUUCAGGCUACGAUUACUGCAAUUGCAAGUUGGCAAGUGGUAUGCAACAUUACACGUCCAAAGGUUAAGCAAGCUCGAUGUUGUGUCUCCUUUUCCGCAUACUAUAGUGCCAGUGUCAUUCCUUGCAACACUUGCGCCUGCGGUUGUAUGGAAUCAGACACUUGCAAUCAGAAUGCCCGCGCGAUGCUGCUCCCUGCAGAGGCCCUCCUUGUGCCUUUUGCAAACAGAACGGAGAAAGCAAAAGCCUGGGCUAAAAUCAAACACUAUCCUAUACCAAAUCCAUUACCUUGUCCCGAUAACUGCGGCGUUAGCAUCAAUUGGAAUAUUGACACCGACUACAGGAGUGGAUGGACAGCUCGAGUUACACUCUUUAACUGGGACGACACCCCUUUUGAGGAUUGGUAUACUGCGAUUCAAAUGAAGAAGGCCUUUCCUGGUUUCGAAAAGGUCUACUCCUUCAACGGCACCAGUCUGCCAGAUAUCAACAAUACCAUCUUCUUUCAAGGCUUAAAAGGUUUGAAUUUCUUGAUGGGAGAGACAAAUGGGACUAAAAUGAAUGAGCCAAGAGUGCCCGGAAAGCAGCAAUCAGUGAUAUCAUUCUCAAAGAAACACACGCCGGGUAUAGAUAUCCAACGUGGUGAUGGAUUCCCAUCAAGGGUGCUUUUCAAUGGGGAAGAAUGUGCGCUUCCCCUCGAAUUUCCUCGGCCAGGAAAUGCAGGGCAUCAGUCUCGUGUUCAUUUCCUGGCUGUAAUAUUCAUCACCGUCACCACUUUUUUACUGAUGACAGAUCGCUUCCAUAUAUGAUCGUUCCGGGUUUUUUCAUUAACUCUUUCCACCUAGUUCGGAGAUACGUACGUCCUUGGCCGGGUGAGAAUUUCCGUUUCUUGGAAACAGUUAAACACAAACAAUAACCCCAUGCAAUUAAUUGCUAUGCAUUUUCAGCAUAACUGUUAAUGUGACGCAGCAGCAUCAGAGGAUGAUCAGUAAGCAUGCACUUGGGCAAAUGGGAAAUUAUGAACGCCGCAACGUCUAUGAUUUCAAUGCCUGUUGUAUCACCAGUUGGUUCCGAGUACUGCAGAUGUUAUGAUAAUCUGUAUGGAAUUAUAAAUUGAAAGCCGUAGUUAUUAUGUAAGUAUGGAUUCGCAUGGUGUCUGACGGAUAUUUUCUUUUCUAUUGUACAAUGUCGAUCGGGUUCAUGUCUUUUUGUUUUCGAGUAAGUUUUAUAAGAGGAUCUGAAAUUUUCCCAA